CUCAGCUGUCCUCAGCUGAAAGAUCAGACAUCCGACACCGAGGCAGAAAUGUCCCUCUGGCUUUAAACUCUCCGGCUCUAAAAAUAAUCUCAUCAAAGCUCCGUCUACUUAGUUACAGCUGCGAGCAGACAUCAGAGGAUGGAUGUGUACAAGAGACUAUGUGAAACAACUGUUCAUGUUCCCCAGAGGAUGAAUCCUAUCCUGAGUUUUAGUGAUUCUGUGGCUCCAGCGUCACCAGCAGGUUGAUGGUUUCUGGCUUUUAGUGAAACAUCUCAACAGCUGUAGUUUCCAGAUGAUGCAGCAUGAAAACUUCUCAACUAGCGCCACCAUGAGGUCAAAGACUGUUGUUUUUAUUUUGAGCAGGAACCAAUAGACGAUAAACCUGAUUAAGCUGCUAGAUGAACAGUCACAGGAUUACCAAAUAUAUUAUAAAACCAUAUUUCAUCACCAUCAUACCAAAAGCUGAUGAGCCGUUUUGUUCAAAACCCCAAAAUGUCUAGAGAUGACAGAAAGGUUCAUCCUCUGGGAAACAGAGUUUCAUCUCAAUCCAUCCGAUAGCAUCACAUAGCUGCUUCCUGGUGUUCAGUAUAUUAAUAGAGAAUAAAGGAAGUGAAGCUGUCAAUGAAUAAAGAAACGAUGAUAAAUCAGGUCCAGUGAGUCAGGAAGAGGUUUCUAAACAUGAACUGCUAUCAGAAUCACAAGCGUCUGUUUGCACAUACAAGGACCUUGAGCUGGUGGGUGCUGCAUAACAUUACAGACAUUAUCUAAAGAUAGAAACAUGUAGACAUCUACAAUAAAAUAUAGAAAUACGGUAAAUAGACAAACAGAUAAGAGUUUAUUAAAACAAGUAUAUUAUUAAAGUGUCAGGUGUAUAUUAACACUUGAUUGUGCAAUAUUUAAGGCCAACUGAUUAAAAUAUGCACACAUUAAUAAUCAGUGUAUAUGAUGGAAUAAAACUGUGUUUUGCAGCUUCGUGACUCCUUCAAGGAGCUGAAGAAGAAGUUCAGCAACCUGAGGUUCAACUACCUGAAGAGAAACGACAGGACGAGGAACACGAAGGCCUCCAGGAACCAGCUGCAGCAGGUGGACCAGUACGAGGAGAAGCUGCAGGUGCUCAGGAAACGUCUGCAGGGUGUGACGGCCCGGCUGGGGUCAGAGGUCAAGGACGGGGGCGUGGCCAAGCAGGCGGAGGACGCCGUCAACGAGCUGCAGAGACAGACGGGAGAGUUUGAGCGAAGCGUUAAGGAGCACCAGAAGACUCUGGAGAUGAGCUGCAGACUGCAGCGAGCCGUGGAGGAGUACCAGUUCUGGUGUGAGGAGGCCAGCGCCACCAUCGCUCGCGUGGGCAAUUUCUCCUCCGAGUGUCGCAGCACAGAAGCUGUCUCCGUUCUCUACCGGCAGUUUGAGAAGUUCGUCUGGCCGACGGUUCCUCAGCAGGAGGAGAGGAUCAGUCAGAUCACCGAGCUGGCUGUCCGGCUGCACGGCGUGGAGGAGGGGCGUCGCUACACGGAGAAGACGGUCAGUAAACACUCCGAGAUGGUCGAGGCCAUCAGAGAGCUGAGCCAUGGACUGAUGGAGCUGGAGACCAAACUGAAGCUGGAGAAUCUGGAAGAAGAGGAUGAAGAGGAGGAGAAGAAGAUGAAGGAAAACAGACAGAUGAAGAAGAAGAAGGAGCAGACAGAUAACCGCUGCUCACUGGAGGCUGACAUGUACGAGCUAAAGGAGACAGGCCACACCCCCGAACUGACCGCCGAGCAUGAUGGGAAGGAGGUUCCCGUGAAGAGGCAGAGCGCGACCAAUAGGAAGCCUCCGUUACAGAAGAGCCGCAGUCAGGAGGCAGACAGACAGACGGACAGCAGACAGCAGUCUCACACCUCCUCCUACCGCUCCACCCACUCCUCCUUCAGCCUCUCCUGCUCCCCAGUGGAGCCCAACCGACGGGUCCACGUCGUCCAUGGCCAAUCACAGCCCGCCGCUACUGACCUGCAGGCCACGCCCCCUCCCUCUGUGAUUGGCCCGUCGUUCUCCGACAUCCAGAGGGAGUUUCAGAAGAAGGAGAAGCAGGUGGUGACACCGCUUCAGGAUGCAUCUGCAGGACACCUGUCCGAGGCGCAGCUCCAGCAACAGGAAGUGAUGUCGGACGAUUCUCUCUCCAAUGACGAAUACGAUUGUGCGUCACCUGACGACAUUUCCCUGCCGCCGCUGGCCGAGACGCCGGAGUCCAUCACGAUUCAGUCGGACGUUGAGGAGAGUUUCUGUUUCAGUUCCCACAGCGUCCACAUCAACCAGUCAGAGCACAGUGCUGCUGGUACCGCUAAUGGUACCGCUACUGGUGCAGCCCGACAACAGAGAGAGUCCAGUCGGACAGAGAGCUGUCCAACUCCUCCAAACAGCCGGCACAGCAGCACCAGGUUCAGAGCAGAGUCCAGUUCGUUUGUCCAGAGUCCGCUGACGGUUCCUGCUCCGAGUCUCCUCACCAGCACUCUGUGCAGCAUCCUGAAGACCGGAAAGACCAGCACAGCCAACGCUCACCGGAGUAAUGACCCUGAACCCGGCGUCCCCUCUGGAUCACACCCGGUCCACGAGAGCGACCCUCCAGACAAGAAGAGGAGCCCCUCACGCACUGAUCCUUUAUUGAAGGAGCACAACAGUCGGUGCAACCAGCCUCAGAUGAGUCCAGGUAUCACCCAUCAUGUGGCAUCCAAAGGGGAGACCUUGUUACAGACUGAUCCUAUUCCCCAGGUUGCAGAACUUAAUCACAGCACCACACUCCCCCGGUCCAGCUGUGGUGGUCCAGACCCUGACCUCCACAAAGACACCAGGUUCUUCAAAUGCAGCACUACAUUUCCUCAAAACAGAACUGGCCUUUGUCGAGACUCCAGUCUUCCACAGUCCUUCCCUGACUCUGAGAGUGGCCUCGAUCGGGACAUGAAAGAAACAUCCACGGUCUCCAAACCUCAAAGGGACGUUCUCACCAACAGCAGCACAAUUACCCAACAGACCAUUUUCUUCCAGUCCUCCCCUUUAGACAUCAGUCAUCGUAACGGCCUCUGUUCACCCCAAGACGGCCCCUCAUCCCAGAGGGAGGCCUUACCACAGAUCGAUCCGGUCUCUCAGGCUCUCACAGACCCUGUCCUCCACAAAGUCAGGACCUUUGGGCUCCUCGAAUCCUGUACACCUUGCCUCCAAACCACCACAACCCUCCCUCAAGACGCAAAUGUUUCACGGUCUUACCUGGAUUCCAGGAGUGGUCUUGAUCAGGAUGCACCUUCCUUCCAAACCAGCAAAGAGACCUCCUCAGUCGCCAUGCCCCAAAGCAGCAGCCUGACCACAGCCACGACUGUCAAACAAACCUCCUUCUGCCAGUCCUCCCCUCCGCAGUGUGUGCAUGACCCUGGCAUGACCCCCAGCAGCCCCACCGAUCCUGCUCCUCUUGAACCACAGACCCAGGCUUUGGCUCCGCAGGCUAAUCUGCAUGACACCCCCCUUUUCUCUCGACCCCAUCUACUAACUCCAGACCAAGACCCAAACAUUUGUCAGCCCGUGGCCAUCCAUGAGGAGAUCAGGCUUACUCCUCAGAUCCAAGGGCCUCCCUUUCCUCCUCCUUCUGCCCAGGCAGAGUCUCUUCCCCAGGGAACAGCCUCUAAACCUGGCCCUCCCUGCUUCACCAGGCCCCUGUCUAGAGCCACCGUUAUGGAGGGCUCUCCAGUGAUGCUAGAGGUGGAGUUGACGGGAGACCCAGAGCCCCGGCUCACCUGGUGGGUAGCUUAUAACCAGCUCCACAAUAACACAUACACUCUCUGAGAUUAUUAAUACACAGCUUACCUUCACCUGCAUUAACACGUGCUUGAUAUAUAUAUAUAUCGUUGGGUUCUUACCCAUCUGCUGCUUUUGUGUUUGGUUUCACUGAAACACAUCAUUUUAGAUUUCCCGUCACCUGCUGUGCUUUAGUGAUGUAGACCUGCACCACAUUAAACUUGUGUGAGGAUCAACCAGGACUCUGCUGAUCCAGGUGUGACGCUGCGUUCACACCAAAUGCAAAGCUAGAUAUCGUGUUGCGUUACUCGCGGGAUCAUUUGUGUUUGUUUUGCUGUGAUUUAAUAUCAAUAAACAGAUAAAAAAGAUGCUGAAAUAACAACAU